UUGUUCGUGAGGUAACCUCAAAAAAAUAUUAUCAGUGCCGGUAUAUUUCUCAAUUAAUUGUAAAGAGAAAGGGAACGUACGAAGUUAUCUAAUUCGUUAGUAUCGUAAACGUUGUUUGAAAAUAAAACUAUAAGAUAAGAUAGAGACAUAUAUGCCAAAGUAUCGUAAGCGAUUUGGUACAUACAGAGAAUUGAUCUUGAGAAAAAAAUUACGUAUGAUAUAUGUACGAUUACAACUGGUAUAAUCAAGAAUAGAGUUAAGCAUGGACGAAUGUAAUGAAUUUUACAAAAAAAUUCAAACAUAUCUUAUGAAGAAAAAUCAAGAAUGUGGAGAAUUACAGUUUCUCACUUCACGCACAACUUCUGCAAGCAUUGGUCAUAUUGAUGAUAUAUGUAAUACUAUUAUUAAUAUAUUCGAGAUGAGUAAUAUAUCCAUAAAAGAGAAAGCUUCGAUUAAUAAUGAAAGGUGUAUUCAGGCAUAUACAUAUUUAUUAUUGAACACCAAGUUCAAGAAUCAGGAACGUUUAGAAGAAGAUAUUGUCAGUGGUCAUUUAGUCGAUAUGUUCCCACCUUUAUCUUCGUAUUUACUUGUACAAAUAUUGUGGAGCCUUCAAUAUGAGAAGAUCUUGAUUCAGUCUAUAUUACACAUGCCGUUUGAUCUGUGUACAGAGAUACUUGAAAUACUUAAACAGUGUAUAGAAGAAUUACCUUUACGAAGGUCCAUAGAUAGUAUAUAUCAAACAAUAUUUAAUGUAUAUAUUAAAUUCAUUCUAUUAAAAGAAACUGGAAUACAGUCAACAGAUCUUGAGAAAAGUAUACAAAAUUUAUUAAUGAGUUUCGAGGAAUUCUUGCUGCUGUUAACAAAUCCAGCAUUCACUUUAACAACAUCAACAAAUUUAAAAGAAUGUGACCGGUAUGGUAUUAUGAUUAAAAAAUUAAUUGCUACAAUAAGAAGUUGUUUCGAGUACAAAAGCAAAGGAAUUUGUGUUUCAAAAGACACUGAAAAAUUAUACAAUAUUACAUUUGGAAGAGAACCAUUCAUAAAGUGUGAAGAUACACUUAUUGAAAGUACUAUGAUGACAUUAAAUCAACAGUUAAUGGAUUUAUUGUCCAAUAAAGUCAAGGAAAUCAACUGUGAGGUAUACAUGGGUUGGGUAGAGCUAGAUGACGAAGAAAACAACAUGAUUUCUUUGCAACGUGCCAUUGGAAACGAAUGUUAUUAUUUUAUAGAACUAAUGCAGAAGAGCAAGGAAUUAUCACAGAAUACACAUUUAAUAGAGUGCUUACAACACUUGUCGUCAAAACCAGAUCCUAAUCAAUCUAGUUUUGUUCUGAGUUUGCAGGAACUCUGUUGUGCAAUAUCUGAUGGCAAGAAAGAAUUUAUGAAAGAAUUGUUGUGUCGAUACCAAGAAUGGGAUAAUACAAUACUUGAUUUUGUUUAUACAAACAAAUCUUUGCUAGAUAAAAAGGACUGCUUUCAUCUUUUAGAAUAUCUUACUUUCGUUCUGAAGGAAUCAAAUGAAGAAGGUUUAAAAGAGAUUUGUUACAGUUCUGUUACAAGAAUAUUAUCGCUUCAAGAUAUACCAGAUCUUUACGAGAUUAUAAUGAUGUAUUUAACGAAACACGACGGUGAAAAUUCUUUAGAAUCUUUACAUACAGAAGAAACAUUUAAUGAAUUCAUAUCCCGAAACUCAAACUUACAAAAACCAACAAAUUUGAAGAUUGUUUUGUUGUUCCUUUUAAAGAAUCUUAAAUUAAUAUUGGGAAUACUUGUGAAAAUUACUAUUGGCCAUCACCAAUAUAAAAACAUUCUGAUUUCUGCCAAUGAUUUGCUUCUGUUAUCACCGUUUUUUAUAUUAAAAGAAAGUAACGGUGAAAUACUUCUAAUAGAUAUAUUAAGAACUAUUUGCAUAGAAAAUAACGAGUGGAAUGAAAAAAAGUUUAUAGAUUUUACACAAGUUGCACUAAACAGUAGCAUAGUUAACGUAAAUGAUUUAAUAAAUAACGUUUUCGUACCAUAUUUAGAAAACGAUAAUUUCAAUGUACGCGUGAUUAAUUCUGUUUUAAAUAAUAUUCGUAAAUUACAAGUCAGUUGUACCAAAGAUACAAAUGUUAAGAACUUGAUAAUAGUUCUUGCAAAGAAAAUGUGUUUUUUAAGAAAAAGUGCAAACAUUUUAAAAUUUGUAAGCAGCGAAAUAUUUAAUCUAAUUACGAGCAUACUGGAAUAUUUUUUAGAAACCAAAAGUUACAGAAUUUCUGCAUGUACGAAAAAGCAAAUAAUGUAUGAUAUUGAAAGUUUCAUUGAACCAAUAGACAAAUUACACUUUGCUUCUCUUUGGUAUUUAACGGAGAAAGGUGUUAGUAUAAUUGAUAUCGUAACAGAUUAUGAAAGACGGUGUUUCACUGUGUUGAACAGAUUGAAAGAGGAUCCUAAAUCCUCGGAAAGACUACGAAAUUAUUUAUCAGAUUUAAAUUUGUUAAGAGAAGAUUUUUUGCGUCACAUGAUCAUUCGAACAACUGAUGUAGAAUAUCAAAUAUUAGCUUCAGAGUUCACUAUAAUAUAUUGGUUUGCCUUUGGAUGCAACAAUGAAAUCGAAGCAUUCAAUGACUUCUUACGCAUAACAAUAGAAGCAUGUUGUUUAUCUUUAGAACAUCCAUCUAUUGGUUCAAACGACUUAUUUGCAUAUAUAUUUAAGUCUUUCAUGCGUUUUUGUACAACAUUUGUAUCGCUCGAAGGAAUGAAAGAGGAGAAAAUAGUGUGUCAAUCUCUAAUUAAUAAUUUUAAUCAGCUUAGUGGAAGCAUAAAACAUAGUCCUUAUGCUCAUUUAUUUAUUACCUAUAACAAUAUGCAACAUAAGUCUGAACAUCUACAAAAUGUCUUAAAUAUUUUGUAUGCCUUCUGUGAUGAGUGUGUUAAGCUUAAUUAUGAAUGCAGCAGAAAUACUCAAAGGAUACCUCGCUCUCCAAAAAUUUCCAAUUUCUACAAAACUUAUGAAGUAAUUUCUACUUGUAUGAAAGUACCUGCAACAGAGGCUUACGAAUGUAUCAGAAGGAUGAAUGAAUUAUUUGCUUCCAAUUAAAUUGUUAAUAUUUUUUGUAAAGUAUUUACUACAUCUGAAAAGUAUUUACUACAUCUGAAACUUUGUCAUUAUUUCAUUAUGUUCUAUUGAAGUUCAUAUUUGUUUAGGUGGAUCAUUUAAGACAAGAUCGUUACUUUUUUGAUAAGGGAAGGAAAUAUUCUUUUAAUUUAUUGCCUAAUGGAAGUUUGUAAGACAAAUACAAUGUAAUUGAAAAUCAUUUAGGAUUAUUAAAAGGGUAUUGUAGAAACAAACAUUUGGUUUGAAGGGACAGGUACAACUGUUCAGGAAUUUGUGUCUUUACAUUUCAAUUCUAAUUGAAGUGUGACACGAUGGAAUGCCGUUUGUUUCCAUACAUUGUGGUAUCAAUUGACAUACCGCUAAGCCACAGCAUAACAAGUGUAUAGUAAGGUGUCAAUAACUAAAGAAGAUAUGAAAGACUGUAUAAGAGAACCUUGUGUUACAGUAGACAAAAAUAAAACGCGAAAUGCAAUAACAUCGUUAUCAAACCGUGUAUCGCAAUACAAGGUCACCAUUUCGAACACUUAACUUAACACGUGAACGUAGAGAUGUAGAUUCCUGUACCAUUGCGUUUGUCUUUUAAAAUAACAUGUUUUUCUUUUUGUUCUAUUUGAACAAAAAAUAAUGAAUGAAAUGAUCUUGAAAUGUUCUUAGCGCUUGGACACAUUAUAUGAGAACAAACAAUUUUUGUCUCAAAUGUCAUUAUUUUGGCAUGUAUGCACAUAGAAAAUAUUGCAUAGACUGUAAAUUAUCUCAAAAAGUAUUCAUAUAACAUUAAGAAGACUGUCGACAAAAGAAGCUCAAAUAUCGUUAUACUUAAUAAAUUUAAACCAGAUGCAGUAUUUUCUUUUACAUUGUCACAAUUUUUCAACUUUUUCAAAGUAUUACAAGUCAUCCCAUCAAUCCUAUAAAUUUGUAAUAUCUAAUUGAGUUAUUUUGACCUAAUAAACCCAGUAGUGAACAUGGUAUAAAUAUAGUAAACUGGUCUGUAAAUAAUAAAUGGAGUAAUCAAUGAGUUGAUCUCCACUAUGAAGGGGUUUUAACCCCGACACGCCUGUAAAAGGAGGAGACCAACUAUAGACAAUGAACGAGAUGGUCGAGGUGGUAGUCGGAGGUGAGAGCGGGUUUGAAGUGUGACAUGAUGAGGAAGGGGGGAUGUUGAUUGGAAAGGGUUGAUGGUCGUCGAGCUUGAGACGAAGGAGGUUGGCGUGAAAGGGGUGUAAGGGACGAUGUACCAGGGUUGGUAUAGGACAGAAGGUCGACAGGUGGCUCAGACCACUAUUGUUGGCCACUUUGCAACAAUUGUUUUGGUCCACGUCCACUAAAGAUGUCCGCUAAAGACUUUAUUAUUUUUAUAAAGAAUUUCUGAAGAAAAUGGAGAAUUCUGUGCAUUUAUAAAUUAUAUAUACUUACCACAAAGCUCAAAUACUGUUGUAAGUAAUAAAUCAAAACUGGAUAUACAGUUUGAAAUAGACAAUAUAGAGAAUGAAUGACAAAGAGAUCAAUUAAAGAUGCAAUGUAUCUUCCAGUGUAUCUUACCAAUAAAAUGGAUUUAAGAUAACACAGAAGAUCACAGUUGAACAAUGGCUUAUGAUUGCAGGAAUUUUGAUUCUUCUUUCAUUGCAAAGGAUCACUCAAUCAGUACUAAAAUUGUUGCUUGUUUUUAUUCUAUAUUAUAUUUGUGCGAUAUUGCCAGAAUGCCAGUACAAUGGUUAGUAAUAAAAAAAUGUGAAAAAAUUGCGUACAAAGAAAAAAAUGUGCACCAGUAUUGAGACAUGAUAAAUCACUUGGAUAGCUUCCAUUGGACAGUCUCAAUUAUUUUAUGGAAAAAUUUGGCUUCAUAAUAUAAGAAAUUAAUUAUCGUAUCAACGUAUAGUCUCUGAAAUCAAUUACAAUUUUUUCCUUCGCAAUUCCUUAGUAUUGUUAAUAAUAAUAACAAACAUACAAACA